AUCAUCGCGUGUGGACCACCCCAUCAUGACCUAUUCGUCGCAGCCGGCAUCCCAGCAGGCCCUCUAUGACAAGCUGGUAGCGCAGGAGCGCGUCAUUCAGAGCGCUGCCAUGCCUCAGGCAGAGACGCCCUCUUGCUUGAACCUCUUUGAUAGGUGGGCAACCUGCUUCGCCCUCACCCCGCAGUUCACCCACGUCUACAGGUAUGGCGUCUUCAACGACUGCGCAGACAAGCUCGACGACUUCAAGUUCUGUCUUACCCUCAAGGGCCUUGAUCGAGCUCAACGCCACGAAGCCUUUGUCGAACGCAAGGCUCGUGCUAUGGCUACCAGGAGGAUGCCUGGCGGAGACACGUCCGAGGAGAUAUGGACUCUGAGGCAGGACAACGCCGGCAAUGGAGUCGUCGACCCAACCUUUGUCGACCCGGCUUUUCUUCAGGCCAACUUGCAGCAGGAUGAGGGCGGGAAAGGCGGUCAACAGAGUAGGAAGGUGUGAAGACGUGAGGCUACCACUACUCCGGACACUCUUCACACUCCUUUCAAGAUGCCCUUCGAUGUCCAGCACUCAGCUCAACAGCUCACCGCGGCACAAGCUUCCCACCUUGGCAUUGCGUACGG